CUAGCAAAACGUUCCACCCCAUCUUUGUUGGUCAUUCGUCAUUCAACACAACAUCUUGUACCGAUAUUAAUACAUCAAAACUAAAGUACUUAUCCAUGACCUGGAUCCAGCAAGUGUGUUUCUUUCCUAACCUUAAUUAACAGGAAGCAAUCAUAUGGAUGACAUCUACACGUGAUCAUUGAGUAUACAUAAAUAUCGCUGAAAAACUCUCCAGAAUAAUACUUACGAAGAAGCGAGAGAAUAAAGAAACAUAUUUAUUAUUAAUUACUUAUUAAAGGAAGAUAAGUUCAUCGAUAUAUCAUGGAGCAGGGUAACAAAGAGAACAGAGGUUCUACAUAUGCUAUGGCAUGUGCGAUAAUCACUUCCAUGAUAUCCAUUAUAUUUGGAUAUGAUACUGGUGUCAUGAGUGGAGCCUUGAUAUUCAUAAAAGAGGAGCUCGAAAUCAGUGACACUCAGCAAGAAGUUUUGGCAGGUAUAUUAAACAUAUGUGCAUUGGUGGGAUCUUUAAUUGCAGGAAGAACUGCUGAUUACAUUGGUCGACGCUACACAAUCACCGUAGCUUCUAUCCUUUUCAUGGUUGGGUCAAUUCUCAUGGGAUAUGGUCCAAACUACACAAUUUUAAUGGCUGGAAGGUGUGUUGCGGGUAUUGGCGUGGGUUUUGCUCUUUUGAUAGCACCUGUUUAUUCUGCAGAAAUAUCCUCGGCUAAAUCUCGAGGCUUUCUAACUUCUUUACCCGAGCUUUGUAUUGGUAUUGGAAUUUUACUUGGGUACGUGAUAAAUUACUUCCUUGGGAAAUUGAGUUUGAAGCUUGGAUGGAGAUUGAUGCUUGGUAUUGCAGCAAUCCCUUCACUUGCUUUGGCUUUAGGCAUUUUGGUAAUGCCAGAAUCUCCAAGGUGGUUGGUGAUGCAAGGUCAUUUAGAAAAGGCCAAGAAUGUUCUAUUACAAAUUUCAAAUACUGAACAAGAAGCUGAGUUGCGAUUCCAGGAUAUAAAACUUGCUGCUGGAAUUGACAUGAAUGACUCUAAAGAAAUGGUUAAAGUCCCUGAAAAGAAGAAUAGUGGAGGAGUUUGGAAAGAGUUGAUUAUAAGGCCCACUUAUGCUGUUCGUUGGAUGUUGAUUGCAGCUGUGGGGAUUCACUUUUUUGAGCAUGCAACUGGAAUAGAAGCUGUUAUGUUGUAUAGUCCAAGAAUCUUCAAGAAAGCUGGUGUUACCAGUAAGGAUAAGCUCUUACUGACAACCAUUGGAGUGGGCAUUACAAAAGUCUCUUUCUUGAUAAUUGCCUCUUUUUUCUUGGACAGAGUUGGGAGAAGGCGCCUUUUACUUAUAAGCACCGGAGGAAUGAUUUGUAGUCUUUUAGUAUUAGGAUUUAGCUUGACCAUGGUUGAUACAUCCGAUAAGGAGCUCUUAUGGGCGUUGACCCUUAGCAUAGUAGCUACUUACUUUUUUGUUGCAUUUUUCAAUAUUGGUCUUGGACCUGUAACGUGGGUGUACAGCUCAGAGAUUUUCCCUUUGAAGUUGAGAGCACAAGGAGCAAGUAUUGGAGUUGCUGUAAACAGACUCACAAAUGCGGCUAUUUCCAUGAGUUUUAUUUCGAUAUAUAAAGCAAUUACUAUUGGUGGGGCGUUUUUCGUGUUUGCCGGUUCAUCUGUACUGGCUUGGUUGUUUUUCUAUUUUUUCUUGCCUGAAACCAAAGGUAGGGCCUUGGAAGAGAUGGAGAUGAUUUUCAGCAAAUACGAUAGAAGGAAUGUAACCACCGGGACCGAUCCGACGGAGAAUGUGUAGUGCAUGUUUCCUUUACCUGAAGUUGAUGUGUAGUCUUAAUAUUUAAAGGAGCGGAAUAAAAAGUCAUCUGAAACCAAAGGUAGGGCCUUGGAAGAGAUGGGGAUGAUUUUCGACAAAUAAGAAGGAAUGUGACUACAAGACCGAUCCGACGAAUAAUGUGUGAUGCAUGUUUUCUCUACCUUAUGAUGAGGUGUAGUCUUGAACAAUCAGAAUGAAUAAAAAUUUUAUUUUCACA